AUGGGCCGAAACGCGAUCACUCCGCGAUCGUCUCCCGCAGCCGCGGCGUUCGCCGUCGCCGCGGCUCUGCUGAUCGUGUGCUCCGCGCUGCGUCCGGCGGCGGCGCAGGCGGACGGCGAGUGCUGGCCCGGGAACGUGCCGUGCCCGGGCGGGACUGGGUGCGUGCGAGCGGAUAAGCUGUGCGACGGCGUGUUCGACUGCGAGGACGGCAGCGACGACGGCUACGACUUCUGCCUCUCCUACGACUGCAGCAGCGUCGGCAAGGUGAGGGUGAGGGGGCCAGUGAGAGGGAAUAGGGGAGCACGGCGGGGAGUGGGGUGGGCAAAGUGGGGAGGAGAGUGCGACGACGCCAGCGACGACGGCAGCGACGACGGCAGCGUGGGCAAGGUGGGGACGUGGUGCCGCGAGGGCUACCAGUGCCGGCCGGUGAGCGGGUACUGCGACCUGAACAACGACUGCAUGGACGGCAGCGAUGAGGAGCCCGAGCAGUGCUACCCCAUCUACAAGGACAUGCGCAAGGACCUGUGCGCCGCCAAGGGCCUGUUGUCUAACGGCAGCGAUGAGGAGCCCGAGCAGUGCUAUCCCUACUACAAGGACCUGCACAAGGACCUGUGCGCCGCCAAGGGGCUGGCUACUGUAUCAGCCCUCAGGAGGUGUGCGACAGCAUCCCGCAGUGCUCGGACGGGUGGGACGAGCUCGACUGCUUCAACUGCCACCUCGUUGCCCCUUCUUUCAUCCUCUGCUCCCACACCCUUUCAGGUGCGGUGCCCCAACGACCCUGGGUACUGCAUCGGCCCUCAAGACGUAUGCGACAGCAUCCCGCAGUGCUCCGAUGGGUGGGACGAGCUCGACUGCUUCGACCACACGUGCCAGCCUGGCCAGAUCCACUGCCCCAUCACCGGCUACUGCGCAACGGGCCGGCUGUGCGACGGAACGCCAGACUGCUUUGGAGAGAUGGGCGAGGAAGAUGAGAAUCCGGACUUCUGCCAGGGGUAUGCAUGUCCGGCGGGGUGGAAAAAGUGUGCGGAUGGGUUGCAAUGCGUGGAGGCUAGUCGGUGGUGCGAUGGCGCUGUGAACUGCUUGGAUGGGAGCGAUGAAGGGGCGGUUUGUGUUGUGCCUCCUCCUCCUCCUCCUCCGACUGCUGGAGGAUCUGGGACCAGCUCAGGUGGUUCUUCAGGUGGUUCCAACAGCAGCAGCGCCCCGGUUGUUUUGAGCAAGGAGGAGAUUGCGAAGCUGAAGAAGCUGGCUCGGGAGAAAAAGGCGGCAGUCGUGGCUGCCAAGAAGCAGAAGAUGGAAGCCAAGCGGGCGGCAGAAGAGGAGAAGACGAAGCAGCGGGCGGCAAAAAACGCUGCGAUUGAGGCGAAGAUCCGAGCAAAGGAGGAGAAAAAGGCGGCUGUUGCUGCGAAGAAGGCAGCUGUUGAAGCCAAGAAGAAGCAGCAGGCUGACAAGGAAGCUGCGAUCGCUGAGAAGAAGCGGAAGCAGGCUGAGAAGGCCGCUGCAAUCGAGGCUGAGAAGAAAAAGGAAGCUGAAAAGAAGGCGGCCAUUGAGCCGAAGAAGAAGAAGCAGGCAGAGAAGGCGGCGGCGAUUGCUGAGAAGAAGCGGAAGCAGGCUGAGAAGGCUGCUGCUAUUGAGGCGAAGAAGAGGAAGCAGUCUGAAAAGACGGCAGCGAUUGCAGCCAAGAACAAGGCAACCACCAAGUAA